AUGUCACGACUCAAAGACCUGAUACAGGUGUUGGGCGCUGGCAAGAGUGUUGUGAUGCCAAUGAUCAAUCGAUAUAAACCAUCGUCGUUGUACAUGCCAAGACACUAUCCAUUGCAAGAUCAUAAAGGAGGAGACAAGUCAAUCAAUGAUCGAAUAAAGACAGAUAACGACAACGACAGCAGUAGACAAUCAACAUCAACAACAACAACAACAGAAGAGGAUCAUCAUCAGUUCUUGACAAACAAGAAUCCAGAGAUCAAGUUUGUUGAGACCACUGGCGCCUCAGUUCCAUCAAGUCAAUCAACACGCUUCUGGCACUUCACAAAACUGGCAUUGGGAAUGGGAGCAGGAUUGGUUGGAGAGAUGACGAGAAGAACGAUCAAACCGACGAGUACACAGACACAACAGGAAUCAUCACAUCCAAUGUUUAAUGAAGCCAAUGCCAAUAGAUUGGUGGAGACCUUCUCAAGAAUGAGGGGAACUGCACUAAAGAUUGGUCAGGUGUUGUCCAUCCAAGACGAAUCAGUGUUGCCACCAUCAUUUGUAAAGCUACUCGAGAAUGUGCGCAAGAGCGCCAACCCAAUGCCAUUGCAACAACUUCAUGACACACUUGCCCAAGAGCUGGGCGAGAACUGGCGAUCAUUGUUUAAAGAGUUUGAAGAGCGACCAGUGGCUGCGGCAUCGAUUGGACAGGUACAUCGCGCUGUCACAAUCGAUGGAAAGGUGGUCGCCGUGAAGGUGCAGUACCCUGGCGUGGCAGAGAGCAUCAACAGCGAUAUAAAGACACUCACAUCGAUGUUGCGCAUGGUCGUUCCCGAGACGGCCUACAUCGAUCGCUCACUGGACUCUGCGCGACUGGAGCUGCUCAAGGAGACGGACUAUCUGCUCGAGGCGGCCAAUCAACGACGCAUGAAGCACAACAUCGAGUCGAGCACCAGUCCUCAAAUGAAAUACUUCUUUGUACCAGCAGUUAUCGAUGCGCUUACGACCAAGCGCGUACUCACAAGUGAGUACAUUGAAGGUGUAUCAAUCGAUCAGAUCAAUAUCAGCGACUACAAUCAAAAGACAAGGAAUUGGCUAUCCAAGAGUCUGCUGUCCCUCUGUCUUGCCGAACUCUUUGAGUUCCAAUACAUGCAGACCGAUCCCAAUUGGACCAACUUCAUCCUGGACUUUGAGAACAAGAGAAUCAACCUGUUGGACUUUGGAGCAUGUAGAAGCUACGACAAUCCAUUUAUAUAUAACUACUUCAAGUGUAUUGAGGCUGGCGUUGAACAAGACACAGCCAAGAUAUUGGACUAUUCGCUACGUGUAGGAUACUUCACGGGCGAGGAGAGCUCACUAAUGAAGGAUGCCCAAGCGGCAGCCAUACGCAUUCUGGCCGAGCCAUUCGCAGCAAGCGAUCCCUACCCAUUCUUUGAGCGACAGAUAUCUACACGCAUCGCCAAGCUGAUACCGGUGAUGCUUAAACAUCGACUGAAGCCGCCACCCGAGGAGACCUACUCGCUGCAUCGCAAGCUCAGUGGUUGUUUCCUAAUGUGCUCCAAGCUACAAUCAGUGAAUGAAUGUAACUCGAUAUGGCUACACUACCAAAAGUUAUUCAACGAUAAGAACAUCAACUACAACAACAGCAGCAGCAGCAGCCAUUAG